GAUUUUCCAAAAUGGCGGACAGACUGCAAGAUAUUCGCACGAGAGUAACUUUACAAGAACAUGGUCUGAUCAACGUGAGUUUUAUUCUGAAGGCUAAAAUUUCUGCAUGCAUUUGAAGCAGUUUGCAUUGUUAGUUGCAGUAUACAAUUAUAUCUUCAGCAUUUAAAAUAAUAUUCUGCAAAUAAGCCAUUUUAUAUUUAUAAUCUACUGAAAUAGAAAUAUCUUGUACAUUGGUAAUAUUUGUAGAAAUUACAUAUGUUGUUAUGUUUAGUUUUGUUAUUUUAUUAAUGCAAGACUUUGGAAGGCUUAUUUUUGAAGCUCUAUUGCACAAAAUGAAUGUUGUUUUCAGACACAAAAUACUGCUUAUCCUGGAUCGUACCAUGGUUAUGACGACUCGUGGAAAUUUGACGAUUUUAAAAAGGUAAUGCAUGAAUGUUGAAAAAUAAUUCUGAAUGUUGAGCACUUUUGGAAUUAUUCUGUAGUAGGUAGCUGUGUUGAUAUUAAAGUAGGCAGCUGUGGGAACAACCUCGUGGAACGAGGUUGCUGUGGGAAGCGGUCUGGGGAAUCUUAAAUUCAUCCAAAUUAACCAGUGUAUAUUGAUUAGAUAACAACACAACUGAGCUCUGAAACCAAAUUAUAAUGUAUUACUACUUUCAUUCUUCAACAAGACAUCUUCAAGAUUUAAGAUUAGGAGAGCAGAAUAGACAAUUAAUUCCCAUUAUAGAGUAAUUUUAAAACUAUAGGCAAGGAGAUGCAAAUAAAUCACCACAGCCAGAAAGAGCAUAUACUAAAAUGAGGAAAAACUGUAAAAUUGCAAAGUUUGGUCACGAAAUGUUGUAAAAUGCGGAAAUUAUAGCCUUGCAAAGUUUGCAAAUUGUGUAUGCUUCUGUAUUGCAUGUGGAAAUUGCUACUGUUUUCAAGCCCAAAUGUGGUAGCAAUUUCUGCAUGCAAUACAAAAGUAUACAAAAUUUGCGAACGCUGUAUGUUCCGCAUUUUACAACAUUUUGCAACCAAAUUUUACUCAUUUUAGUAUGCUCUUUCCAGGAAUACACUUUUUUGAGAUAAAAAAGUCUACAAUGGGAAUUGUCUAUUGAUAUUUCACGCAGGGACGCAAUGUAUUUGGGGGGGGGUGGAUGAAUUCUUGCCCAACAAAAUGAUGUGGUCACCAAUCAAUCUGCUAUGAAAGUUGUGAAAAUUCAUCACACCCUUCUUACACCCACCCACCCCACCCCACCCCACCCACCCAGUCACUGUGUGAUAAAUAGUGUCUUGCUACUGUGGUAUUACUGAAAAUUUUGUUUCCACUGAAAUUCUUUCAGAACUUUAGGAUUGACAUUGUGAGCCUUACAGAAAAUGAAAUUGAGUUUGACAUGGUCGGUAUUGAUGCUUCAAUAGCCAAUGCUUUUAGAAGAAUUCUCUUGGCCGAGGUGCCUACCAUGGCAAUUGAAAAAAUUCAUAUCUUCAAUAAUACCACUAUUAUUCAAGAUGAGGUAGGAACAUCAGAUUAAACGUUUCACAUUACGUAGCAAGUCUGCCAACAAGCCGUCAACAAGUUGUGUUCGCAAUGCUUGUCCCAAGUUGUCAACAAGUAUGGAACAAGCUGUUAACAACUUGUAACAACCUCAUUGAUAUCAUCAGAUUUGUUGCAAGGUUGUUCCAACAAGUCCAAUACAGUCAUCAUAUAACAAUAUUGUUACAACCUUGUGUCGUCAACCUUGUAACAUUCUUGUUAUGUCAUGACUGUAUCAGAUUUGUUAGAACAACAUUGUAACAAGUCUGAUAAUGCCAUCAAGCUUGUUACAAGUUGUUAGCAGCUUGUUCCAAACUUGUCACAACAACUGGGAACAAGCAGUGCGAACACAACUUGUCGACAAGUUGUGAACAGAUUUGUAACAACUUGUUUGUAAACAAGUUGUAACAAGGUUGUUGUCAAGCCGAUAUCAGGAUGUGUUCGCACUGCUUGUUCCCAGUUGUGAACAAGUUUUCUGGAACAAGUUAUCAUGUUGUUCCAUGCAAGGUUGAUGACGGUAACAGGCUUGCUACAAGUUGUUCCAACAGGCUGUUUGUAACAAAUUGCUACGAGCUUUUUACCAUUGAUCAACUCGUUAACAACUUGCUAUAUGUGCAGGCAGUGUUAGACUUGUUUCUGUUGGCCUCAUCAGCAUUGUUAGAAGAUGAUAACAAUUGGUUCCGCACUUGUCAACAACUGGGAACAAUUAAACUGUGCAAACACAUGUUGUUGACAAGUUGUGAGAUUUCUGUACAUGUGUAUUGUGUACAGGACCGUGUUCUAUAACCUGUAAAAGCUAUUGCAAUGAAAUAAAGCUCAUUGCAUUCCGAAAAGACUGACUUAAAGAUUUUGAUCAUAAUGACUGCGCUAUUGAUGUUAUAAUUAUCGAAUGUAGUUAUUCUUGUUAAAUAAUAGAUAUUUUUAUUUUGAUUAUAUCUCGCUCAAUAUUGCAUGUAAAUUCAAGUGUUAUACAUCAAAUUCUAAGUUAACCCUUUCUGAAUGCAAUGAUCUGUAUUUCAUUUUGAUAGCUUUAUAGCAGGCCUUGAAUUUCCCCGUAAUCAAUCGACGGCAAUGGUGCUAAAAAUUGCCGUAGAACGUAACAGCUGUCUACGGCAAUUUUGGCAGUUUCCACAGCAUUUUUCAAAUUACUGUAAAAAACUUUAAUUUUAUUGUUACUUUGGUUUUUGACAAGCUAGAAACAUGUCUACGUAUUUCUUUAGUGUUUGUUUUUUUUGAAAAGAAAACUGAGACUAAAACGCAUUAUUUGCAUGCUCGACAUCUGAAUUCAAGUAUCAAAAAUUCAAAAUAGUAAUGCACAGUGAAUAGUAUAAAAAUUGCACUAUACGGCAAAAAAUUGCCGUCGUUGCCACAAUGAUCCACGGCAUUUUGUUCUCCCUCUACGGCAAUUGCCGCGAUUGCGACUUAACAACCAUGCAGAUGUUAAUUAAGUUUAUAAUUAUAAUAAAUAAUAACAAAUAAAAAAGAGAGAAAAUCCAACACAACUUCUGUACAUCUUGCACAGGUAUUAGUUCACAGACUUGGUCUAAUUCCUAUCUUCGCUGAUCCAAGAAUGUUCAAUUUCAAAACUUCAGAAGAUGAAGAAUCGACAGAAGAUAACGUCAUUGAGCUGGAACUCAAAGUGAAAUGUACUCGAAAUCCUCACGCGUCAAAAGAGGCGGCUGAUCCCGAUGACCUCUAUAUAAACCACAAAGGUGGGAUUCUUUUCAAUGAUAUGCUUUCGAAAUCCAAAAAGACCGUCUUGAAAAUUAUUAGUUGAUCAAAUACUACAGUAAGCGUUUGCAAAAACGUCCUUUAAAAAUUCUUGUAACCUUGCCACUGAAAGGUUAUAAGUUGUUUUUUUUUCUGAAUAAAUUUCCAGUUCACCUAAAAUGUUCUGACUGGCUUCCAUAGACGGAUUUUCAUAUUUUUUACUGGGGUGGUGCCAGAAAUUUUAGGGGGGUGAGCCGCGAGCAGGUGACUGAAGCAACACAAAGUGUCACCAAACCCCAGUAAGGUCUAUGUUCUAGGCGUGGAGCACUAGAGCCGCGAGUGGGAGUCUAGAGAGCAGAAAACAAAGUAUCCCUGGAAAAAUGUGAAAAAAUCAUGAUUUCUAGCUUCGAAAAAACGUUUUUUGAAGUUGUCAUAUCAAUGGAUUUGGCAUGUCCGAUUGUCUGUUGAGACUUGAGAGAGUUAAAGUUAAAUGAACCUGUAAAAGUGUAAACCCAAUAGGCCAAUACACAAUAUGCUUUAAAUUUACUUUUAUAAAAUCAUUGACAUUGUGUCGUUUGAAUCCGAGUACAAUCUAUAAUGCAACUCCGAUGCAAAUAAUAUUUGGGACGUAAAGAUUAAAUCUAGGCAAGACUAUUUCCUAAAAGAAUUAAAAACUAAAAAUAAUGUUCGUAAAAUUUCCAAACGUUCCUUGCAAGCAAGCUAUUUGCAUGACAAGGCACUGCAUGCUCUAUUCAGGGGAGAUAAUAGAGUUUCAAAACUUUACAAUUGCUCCAAUAAACCAGUGAAUGCAAGCGACGAGCGAUUAGUUUCAGAGUGCUGCACUGUCUUUUUCUGUUCGAGUGUACUCCUACGUUUAUUUUGUAUCAUCAACACUCUGCACGUUGGAGUGGAAUAUUUAAUUAUUUUUUAUUAUGCCGAAUAUUGGGGGGGGGUUGAAAAUUUUUUUGGAGGGGUGGACACUCUGUUUGGGGGGGUUAUAGAUAAUAUUGGGGUGGGGGGGGGGGUUAGCACCCCCCUGCACCCCCCACAAAAUCCGUCUAAUGCUGGCUUCUACCAAAUAAUGUAACAUAUCAUUUACACGGAAAUAUAAUUCAGAAACGUAGGCCACUUAAACUGAUUGCAUCAAAAAAACUGAACAGAUUUAAAAUUGCUCUCAAUUUCGCAAAACAGCUAUUUGUAUCUGGUUUUUUAAUAUAUAUAUAGCUUCUUUGGGUACUUAUAAUGUAAAAUAAUGAAAAAAAUUUCUCGAACUCAAAUUUUGUGAACCAGGGGGGUGUGUCUUUUCCAACAAACUAAAAAUGGCUCGCGCACAAAAUUUAAAAGCUGCAAUCAUAUUUUGAGUUAAUAGAUGGAAAAUUUGUCGCGAUUUUAAUUACUGUACAAAAUUUCAGACAAUUUGGUUUAGUUUAAGCCCCUUAACUAUUCACGCAAAGUUACAAUUUUCCCGAAAAAUCAGCUAUUUGCAUGCUUAAUUAAUGCAUUUGCCUAAUUUGCAUAUGUCAGCAAUAUGCAAAUUAGGUAAAAGCAUUAAUUAAGCAUGCGAAAGGCUGACUUUUUAGAACAAAAUGAAUAGUUAAAGGGCUUAAACUAAACCAAAUUGUCUGAAAUUUUGUACAGUAAUUAAACACCCAACAAAUUUUCAAUCUAUCAACUCAAAAUAUUAUUACAGCUUUUAAAUUUUGUGCGCGAGCCAUUUUUAGUUUGUUGGAAAAGACACCCCCCCCCCCUGGUUCACAAAAUUUGAGUUCGAGAAUUUUUUUUCAUUAUUUUACAUUAUAAGUACCCAAAGAAGCUAUAUAUGUAUAUAUAAACAGAUACAAAUAGGUGUUUUGCGAAAUUGAGAGCAAUUUCAAAUCUGUUCAGUUUUUUUUUUUAUACACCCUGUAUAGCUGGAAAGAGUAUCUUAAAAUGAGUAACAAUUGAAAGUUUGGUUGCGAAUUGUUGUAAAAUGAGGAAAGUAUAGCCCUGUGAAGUUCGCAAAUUUUGUAUAUAUUUGCAUCAGAAUAACCAUUUUUGAGCCGAAAGUGGUUAUUUUUACAAAAUUUGCAAACUUCGGACAAGGCUAUAUUUUCUUCACAGGCCUUAAAAUAUCUUUUACAGGGCCGUCUGACAAAAUGUCCGAUGACGUUGAGUUUUGGUUGGACAUAUGUUCGAUGACCUUCAGUUCAGUUUGACUCGGAAAUAAGUCUGAAUGUCACAAAUGAAUAUCAGCACAAUGUAUUGAUUCUGAACGGAAAUGUUGUGAAGAUAUUAAAUAAUUUGUGUCAUUCAUACUUAUUUCCAAGCCACAAUUAACUUGCUUGCAAGAACAGCAGCAAAACUUAAGUAAGACUUCACCAUUUCGCUUGCACGUCGCCGCCCCGUGCUCGAUUAGCUACGUUAAAACAACAUUUCCAGUUCACUUUUUAUACAAUACUCAAUAGUCUUCUGAUUUUCCAUUUAACAUACGAGCCUUACUGCUGAUUGAUUUACGUUGGACAAAGCUACAGUUCGGUCGGACACCAAUACACUCGAGUCGUACAAACAGUAAACCUCAGUUUCACUUUGGUCGGACAGAAUGUCCGGUGGUUUCCUCUCUACGUCGGACAAUUUCACGAAUGGGUCGGACAAUGUCCGUGACCAACCGAUAUUUUAAGGCCUGCUUCAUUUGGCUAAUGGCGAUGAAGCUAUAGCGAAAGGGAAAAGCCUAGACUAUGUAGACUGUACCUGAGUUAAGUUUCACAAUCAAUUCGUGCACAUGGAUUAUACAUCGAUGUAAAAGCUCUGGCGAAUUUGGGUGGGGCUGGAUGAAAAAGUCUGGCGAAAUUCGCCGUUCCGGCGAACGGCCUAAACUGAAAACCCUGAAGAUGUGAGCAUUUUGCGUGUGUAUUUUUAAUAAUGAUCAUUGCAAGUUGCAUGGAACAUAACAGUGAGCUUAAGCAAGUGACGUUUUUGACAACACUGACGGCAUGAGUAACGUCAGAAGACUGGGUCAAGGGUUGUGAUUGGUGAAAAACGUCAACUUUACUUCCAGUCGACGUCUGUGUUGUCAAAAACGCCACUUGCUUAAGCUCACUAUUGCUUGGUGUAACAUUUCUUGCAAUGCAAUCCCGAAUUCGUUUUUCUUAACUUUGCGACAGAGCUUUGCGAGACAAGUUCCGAGACAAGUUGCUUAAUGCAACAGCGCAGUCUAAGGGACAACGGACAGUCUAAGGGACCGGUCAUUAUUUUUGGGGGGGGGGGUGGUACCGAAGAGAAAAGGGUUGGGUAAACAAAAUUUUGAGUGAGUAAAAGGUUGGGUAAAUGAAAAACAAAACAACUCAAGGGUUGGGUAAUAAAAAUUUAUUGUCAUUUCCAAAGCAUGACCCACUGAAAUAUUGGAGACUGAAAAGCAAUGUCAACAGUCAUUUGUCAAUACAAUAUGUGAACCAAUCAGAGUCACUAUCUUGAUCAUAGUUUAACAAAACAAAUUGUGUUUCCAAAGAAAGUAGAUCUGCAGACAACAUGAAACUUUAGACUGCAGAAAAUUUCACAAGCCGUUAUCAAACUCAUGUCACUGAAGCGAUAAAGGACAUGUAUGACAACUGAAUGGUAUCCUUUUGUUAAGUUUUUGGCCAGGGGUGGGUAGUAGGCAAGGAAAACAUUUCUCUUCGGUGCCACCCCGCCAUAAAUAAUGACCGGUCCCUAAUAUUCAUUUCACUUUUAUUUAGUCACCACAAAACAUAUGAAGUGGAUUCCUAUUGGAAAGCAAGCUGAAAAGGUAUAAAUAACGUAUCACUUUUUCACUUCAUACAAGCCAUACAAAUAAUAUCAUUGUGCCGCACGUAACGUCACACAUAUGACGUCACGUCUAUGACGCCACAUGACGUCAUGCAUGUCUCGCACAUGACGUCAGACAUAUGACGUAACGAAUGUGACGUCACAUAUUGUUUUCAAUGUAGUUUGGUCCUGAUGGUAUCAGACCAGUUCAUGAUGAUAUCCUCAUUGCAAAAUUGAGACCUGGACAUG